AUGUAAAAUUAAUAAUAAUAACAAAUGCCCACUGUUUAGAUGUAUCCUUCUCCUGUACCUCAGCAGCCCUUAUUUAUCUAAGAUGUGAAGGUUGAUAACUAAAUAUUAGCUACUUCUCCAUAACCUACAUAAGCCUACUGUAGUACUUGUAAUAAAAAUAUUGUUACUGAAAUAAAAACUUAAUCAGGAUGUGGCACUUUUACAUGUGCAGUCAUAUUUGGUUUUGUUGCAGGAUUAUGUUGUAUUCCGUUUUGCACAGAUAGGUGUAAAAAUAAAAUACAUAGUUGUCCUACUUGCAAAAAUACACUCGGAUAUUGUGAAUAUAAAUUUUGUUGA